GUAAAGCUUCACAUCCGGUACUUUUGAACAACCUUAUGACCACGCACCCGAAGACUCCAAAUACCAACCGAAGCCUAUAGGGGCUACAGUGUCUCUUCUCCGGCACAGCCGACUUGUAGCGCACGAGCGCCACUACAGACGCAGUAAAAGAGCGCAUAUAUCAGUUCUCAAUCAUAGCAGUUGGCCAGCUUUGCCUUGGACUUCAGUCGCAGAGUAUCGUCUUACAGCAAAUGGCCACAGAGCUCUGGGAAGCAAUAUUUGACUAUGCGUGCUGAGGAGACGGCAUCAUAUUUACUACAGGCACAAAGCGUCUUCCUACCGAGGUGGCCAUCUCCCACGUAUCCAGACGCUGGCGCGCCAUCGCACUGCAGUACGGACCGUUAUGGGCACGUCUCACCUUCGACGAAAUGCCCCCCUUUACUAAAACACGCGCAUAUAUUCAACGAUCGAAGAAUCAGCCGUUGCAUAUCAACGUUGAGAUGACGAGUUGG